UCUCUAGAAAACAAACUAUCAGCUAUUAUUGAAUAUUGGACGUCGCAUGUCGAAUGUCGAAUGUCGUGUAUAGUGUGAUGCUAGAUUCAUAAGCUUCUUUAUUCUUAGCAGUUCGUGUCAGUUCACAUGUUGGAACAUAGCCUGUAUCGAAACUCAUGAGGCGACAAUGAGCGACAAGAUGGCACGUCAGCAGGACUUCAACGAUCUGUUCAACGUGAGAAAUAAUUUCUACAUUGGCAAUUACCAGCAAUGCAUCAACGAGGCACAGAAGAUCAAGACAUCGGUUCCAGAAGUGGCUAUGGAAUGUAAUGUCUUUCUUUAUCGUGCGUAUAUAGCGCAGAGAAAGUUCCGUGUAGUGCUAGAUGAGAUCGACACUUCGUCCCCACAGAUAUUACAGCCAUUGAAGACUCUAGCCGACUAUUUCGCGAAUCCACAUCGUCGAGAGGCUAUAGUGGUCGAAUUGGAUAAGGAAACCAAGAAUGUAAAUUAUGAUAACCAUAUUCUGCUGAUCGUGGCUGCGACCAUUUACUAUCAUGAGAAAAAUCUAGAUGCUGCACACAAAAUAAUAUGCGCCUCUGACAAUCUGGAGUGCAUGGCGCUAAUGUUACAAAUAUAUCUCAAGAUGGAUCGUUUGGAUCUGGCUCGCAAGCAACUCAAAGUGAUGCAAGAAAAGGAUGACGAUGAUACUUUGACUCAGCUUGCUCAGGCAUGGAUUAACAUUAGCAGUGGUGGUGACAAACUGCAAGAUGCUUAUUACAUCUUUCAGGAAAUGAUCGACAAGCAUUCCAGUACGGGUAUGUUGCUCAAUGGUCAAGCUACUUGCUUCAUCGGACAAGCAAAGUAUGAAGAAGCAGAAAUGGCUUUGCAAGAAGCUCUCGACAAAGAUAGUAAUAAUCCAGAUACAUUAAUCAAUAUGAUUGUGCUCUCGCAGCAUAUGGGUAAACCAGCAGAAGUGGCGAAUCGUUAUUUAAGUCAGUUGAAAGAUUCCCAUUUAGAGCAUCCUUUCGUCAAGGAAUACUUGCAGAAGGAAAUUGAAUUCCAUAGGCUUAAAGAACAGUAUUCAGUUUCCGCUUGAGUACCUCUUUAUAGAUUACAUCGAUUAUGGCAUUCCUUGGGAUAAAAUCAAUCAAGUAUUGUGAUUGUGCGUGAAUGGACCCAAGUGUGGAAUAACAAGUUGACUACAUUGAAGGUGUCCAAUGAGCCAAGCUUCUUCUCUUGGAAAACUUUUCUUUUGAGCCUGAAAUAUCCAAAUAGAUCUUCAAUAUCUUACGGCGCAAUUCAGAUCUUUAUACAAGGAUGAGGCAUUUAAAACGAAUCACCUGAAUAACUCGUCUAUUUUUUAACAGUAGAAGGAAAAAUGUUAAACAAAAGUUGCUUGAUUUUAAGGGGCACAUAAUGUGAUGUCAAUAAUUGUUUUGUAGGUGGAGGCGUAAAGGAUAGGCAAAGAGGUCGAAUCUAUUUUUUUAAAUGGAAUGUUUUUUAUUUAUUAUACAUUCUGAUAGAACAUUUUAAAACGAAUACAGUGACCUAUAAUUGAAGAUCAUUUAAAGUUACGCAAGGUCAAUAAUGCAAAAUAAUUGAAUGUAAUGGAAAAUAAAUUGUUUUAAGGUACUCUUCGAAUAAUUUCGUGCCUUCGCUGCUUGUUGGUGUAACGCUAAUCGUCACGUUAUCGUCACAUCACAUUAUGUGCUCCUCGAAACCAAGCAACUUUUGUUUGAUACUUUUCCUUCUAUUGUUAAA